AUGCUCCCGUCGCUGGCCCCCGUGCUGCGCAGGGCGAGGCUGCAGCCAUGUGCUGCUCAGAAGCGGAUGCCCUCGAGCAUCGACCUGACGAUAGACAAUUAUUGCAAAGAGCUACUUGCGGGGCUGACUUGGUGUCAGGCUUUUGCAACGAAGGUGGUUUCGAGGGUGAACAUGCUGAUGGAGGCGUUAAGGCCAAAGGAUAAGAUCCCAGCAGGGAAAUCUAUUGAAGCGCAUAUCAAUGAACGGAUUCGUUCGAGCGAAGCCAAGUAUUUCAUGGAAGAAGACAAUUACAAACUUAAUCGAAAUCCGAUUCCAUCAAAAUCGAAUGACGAACAGGAUUUCCAGGAAGAGAUUCGUCAAGAUUCUUCUGAGUUGAGAGCAGCGAAGCUAGAAUUGGAUACUAUCGACCGUUUCGUGGAUGACCGCUCGACACAUCUAGAAUCGACCGUCGAGAAGAUGCAGCAGGUGACAAAGACAUCAGAAUCAAAAAUGCUGUUAGACGAACUUCGUAGAGUGGCGAAUGAUCGACUGGAUAAACUUGAGAAAUCUGCUGGAGGCAAUGUUCUCCUCCGAAGACAAGUCAGUGCACAAAGACAAAGGAUUCUUGACAGAAUUGCAGUGUCGGAAUCCAAACUCAACGAGUUGGACAACUCUAUUCGUGAACUCAACGUGGAUGAACCGCAAAGGCAAAGGGCCAAACUUGUGGACACAGAGAUCAUUCAGAUGAGCAGUGGAAUGUGGUUGCUUUACUUGCUAGGGGGCAGUACGCUCAUAUGCGGUUUAGUCGCUUCCAGUCUGCUGUUAUCGGCACAGAAGGAUGCGGAGUUUGCAAGGAAACUCCGAAAAACCAUGCCCUACACGGCUGGAGUGCUGGACAUGGUGGGAUUACCCAAAUGAAGAUGUACAAGGUGGACAAGACAUAUUUUGAGAGAGCAUGAAACUUCUGUCGUUCGUAAUGCAUAGAUUGUGUCAUACAACAAAGUUUUGC